CCCUAGCAAGAGCUGAAGGUUCUAAAAACUCACAAAAAGCCAUUCGUGUUUAGGGUAUUUACUAGCACUUUCUCAAGGCAAGUAAGUAAUAAAUUACCCGUAGGAGGUACCUUCCCUGCUGAUUUCGGGUACUGUACCUACGGUUUAGGUCUAAGUCAAGUAAGUAACAAUUACCUGCCCCGCACCUAGCGUGGUUGCCGUCCUUGUUUCCACCUAAGAAGCGGCGCCUCACGCAGCCUUCGCGUUGAUUCUAAACUUCACCACUACCACCGCAAUCGCAUCACACUUUCCGUGCAUUCUUCUCUAAAUUUUCUCUUAUUUUCUUAUUUCUGCCUAAACUUUUCCUCCUCUACCAUCUAUUACUUCUACACAUAUCACGCUAAGAUUUACGAAUCUUUCAUCCACAGAAUUCUUCGUAGGAAGCUCGCGUUCUAGAACCACCCGUGUUGCCCCCCACCGACCUCGAUUUGUGAGUAUAUCCACUCUUCUACCAUGUCCGUUGUGCAAACCAUGAACCACCAAUCUAUGUUCACGGAAAUAUCUUACUGACACAUUUCGCCCUCUGGCGAUCACAAUAAAUAGUCAGCGAUCUAACGUCUCCCAACUACACAGAGGGUUCACUAAUCGAUCUCGAUACCUCUACACAUAAAACUCAAGCAAUACCAGCCUUCACGAUGUCCGGAGAGAACGACAGCGGAAGCCCAGGGGCUGAGCGACAGGAAGCACCCGCCGGCGGCGCUGAGCACUUGAACAUUAAGGUCACUGACAACAACAACGAGGUCUUCUUCAAAAUCAAGCGCUCCACCAAGCUCGAAAAACUAAUGACGGCGUUCUGUGAACGUCAAGGCAAGAGUGUCGAAGCAGUUCGCUUCUUGUUCGAGGGACAGCGGGUUCAGAAGAGUGAUACCCCGGAUUCGCUGGAAAUGGCGGAUGGCGACACUCUAGAAGUCCACCAAGAACAGGUUGGUGGUGCCUGCAGCCGCUGAUAUUACCCAGCUUUACCAACCAACGUAUCGACGUCGAAAUCGGCGUCAAGGAACUGAAAAAUGUAUUGGAGGGCAGGGCGUGCAGAACAAGUGGUAUAAGCUUGAAUGACGAAUCAGAUGAUGACGAUGGGAAACAACAUGGAAAAAUGAAU